CACGAUGUGUUGCACCCUUCUACGGUGUGUCAUGCAUGCGUGGUGUGUCACACACUCACACAGUGUGUCGUGCAUUCAUGGCAUGUAGCACGCUUACACUGUGCCGUGCAUGCACAGUGUGUUGCGUCGCACACUUUCAUAGUGUGUCAUGCAUGCACAGCGUGUCACACAGUGGGUUGUGCAGCCACGAUAUGUUGCACACUUACAUGGUGUGUCACACACACACAGCGUGUUGCAUCUCACACACGGUGGGUCAUGCAUGCACAGCGUGUUGCACACUUAUGCAGUGUGUCACGUAUGGUGUGUUGCACACUUGCAUGGUGUCUCACGCAUGCCCAGUGCAUCACACAUGAUGUGUCAUGCAUGCAGUGUGUUGCACACUCACACUGUGUCAGGCAUGCACAGCGUGUUGCAUCACACACUUGCACAGCAUGUCAUGCAUGCGUGAUGUGUUGCACACUUACACAGUGUCUCAGGCCUGCACAGCACCAUGCACACGUGCGCAGCGUGUCACAUGAAUUUGCAUUGCAUCACGCAUGCACAACGUGUCACAGCGCGCAUCCACCUGCUUGCGUGGUGCAUCUCACGUGUGCACAGUGUGUCACACGCAUGUGAGGUCCCACCCGGUGCACGGCACACCUCUAUGGUGUGUGAUGGACCUGCACAAUGUGUUAAACCCACCUGGAGUGUUGCACACUUGCGUGAUGCGUUGCACGCCCGCCAGGUCUAUCCUAGCACACAUGAUGUUUUGCACACCGGUGCUGCAGAGCUGCAGGCUGCACCGUGGCACCUGUGGUGUGUUGCAUGCCCGCAGGGGAUUUGCACACCCGCCUCCCUGCCGCAGGCGGAGGGGCAGCCUGGUACCCACCACCGUGGAGCUGGCACAGCCACAGCUCGAGUGUCCCCGAGGACCUUUGUGCGUCACCACCGCGUGGCUGCUCCCGCCUUUCCAAAGCUCCCGGUGGCUCGUGACGGGGAGUGGUGACGUGUGAGGGCACCGCGGGGCUCCCGGCGGCCUCGGCUGCCCACGCCGGGAGCCCCGUCGAGGCUUGCGGUGAUGAGCCACGCCAGCGGCGGGCCAUCCCGGCGGAGGAGUUGCCGGGAAGCCCAUCUCCGUCAUGCUGAGAGGUGCCAGUUGGCUGGAGCAUCCUGGCCGCGGGCCGUGACCUUUGCAGAGCCGCCGGCUAACGAGGCCGCAGCUCAUCAGGCCGCCCUGACGUCAGGGGUGAUGACGGGGACCCCGUUGGCAGUUUCCGGCAGCUUCGGCAAAGGCCACCCCACGCCCUGUCCGCCCCGUGGGGUCGCAGUGCCUUUGCUGGGGGUGCUGGCAGCCCCGUGGGAUGCCCAGCCCGCUCCGGAGUGGCUGGUGGGAGACUCUUGGGGGAUCUUCACCUUCCUGUGCGCGGCGCUCUGCAACCUGCCGGCGCUGCCUGCCCUCAACUGCACCGAGGAGCUGGGGGCUGGCCAGUCCAUCCAGAAGACCUACGACCUCACCCGCUACCUGGAGCACCAGCUCCGCACCCUCGCCGGCACCUACCUGAACUACCUGGGCCCCCCGUUCAAUGAGCCCGACUUCAACCCCCCGCGACUGGCGCGUGCCGAGAGGGUGCCCAGCGCCACGGUGGACUUGGACCUGUGGCGAGGCUUGACCGACAACGCCCGCUUGGCUGCCAACUACCGUGCCUACAGCCGCCUGCUCUGCUACCUGCGGGCACUGGAUGGGCAGGCGGGCACCGCCGAGCUGCGCCACCGCCUCGGCCACUUCUGCUCCAGCCUCCAAGGCUUGGUGCUCAGCAUCGCCAGUGUCAUGUCCUCCUUGGGGUACCCGCUGCCCGCCGGCCCAGCGGGUCCCCCCGCACCCCCUGGCACCACUGUUGCUCCAAAUGACUUCUUGAAGAAGAUGGAUGACUUCUGGUUGCUGAAGGAGCUGCAGACCUGGCUGUGGCGCUCGGCCAAGGACUUCAACCGCCUCAAGAAGAAGGUGCCACCUGCCGUGGUCACACUGCGCCUGGAGGCAAGGGGCUUCUGAACGCCCCCCAGCGUCCACCUCACCUUGCCAGGACCCCUGACAGGCCACCACGUCCCCACCCUCACCUCGUUGUUCCUUGCGGGAUGGGGGUCCUCACCCCAAGUGCCACCAAAGCCACCCAUGUUACCUCUCCAUCACCAGUGUGCCUUGAGAGAUGGUGCUUCUGACCCCAAGUGCCACCCCACAUCCCUGCCAUCACCACACUGUGUCUUGAGAGAUGGGUCUCCUGACCCCAAAAUGCCACCACAGCCACUCUGCAUCCUCACUAUGACCUUGCUGUGCCUUUAGAGAUGGGGAUCCUGACCCCAAAAUGCCACCAAAGCCACCCCACAGCCCUGCCAUCAUCACAUUGUGCCUUAAAGGAUGGGACUCCUGAACCCAAACUGCCACCAAAGCCACCCCACAGCCCCUCUGUCACUACCCUGUGCCUUAAGAGAGGGGUAUCCUGACCCCAAAGUGCCACCAAAGCCACCCAUAUCCCCCCACCAUCACCAAUGUACCUUAAGGGAUGGGACUCCUGAUCCCAAGUGCCACCAAAGCCACUCACAUCCCCCCACCAUCACCAACGUCCUUUGAGAUAUGGGGUCCUGACCCCCAAUUGCCACCAAAGCCACUCAUGUCUCCUUUCCAACAUCAAUGUCCCUUGAGAUAUGAGCUCCUGACCCCGAAGUGCCACCAAAGCCACUCAUGUCUCCUUUCUAUAACCAAUGUCCCUUGAGAAAGGGGGUCCUGAACCCCAAGUGCCACCGAAGCCACAUCCCCACCACCUGUUCCUUGAGGCAGGGGGUGAUGCCACCAAGGUGCCCCCACCUCUCUGCUGUCUCCACCCCCCCAUGGGGUGAGGACAACAGCACCUCCUCCCUUAAGGGCUCUGCAAUGGGUGCAAGCUCUGCCCACCCCCAAAGGACCAAUUCCCUGCCAACAUAGGAUUAACCCCGCCCACCAGCAGCAAUAGGCCCCGCCCCCUCACCCAAGCUGCCCCAGGGGGGUCCCGCUGCGUCUGACUGUUUAUUUAUUGGAGAUGUUAUUUAUUGGGGUAUUUAUUGCAGAAGAUCUAUUCUUGUAUGAACAAAUAAAAGCCUUUCUCCAGUGACGACGGGGCACGAGGACACCGCGGCGCCAUCAGUAGGGACCAGGGUGAACGGGGAGCCAUGACAAUGUCUGAGCUCACUCUGGACCGUCCUCUGUGGCCACCACUGUGUUCCCAUCUGAGAAGAAUCCCAGUCCUGGUGCCCAUGGCCACUCCUGUGUCCCUAUCCUGAGGGAACCCCAUCCAUAGGGCACAUGGUGACCUCAGGGAUCCAUGGACAUGGGAGGACACCAAGGAUCUGUGGCACAGGCAGUGUCACCAAGGAUGUGGCAUGUGGUGACCCCAAGGAUCUGUGGGGUACUUGGUGACACAGAGGAUCUGCGGAGCACAUGGUGACACUGAGGAUCAGUGGGGCAGGUGGUGACAUCAAGGAUCCGUUAGGUGUGUGGGGACACCAAGGAUCCAUGGGGCACAUGGGGACACCAAAGAUCUGUGGGUCACAUGGAGACACCAAGGAU